AUGUAUGCCUGGGACAGAAUUAUCCACAACUAUCGCCUGCACAGGCACACAAUCACAGUGAGGAAAGCCUUUCAAGGCUUCAGAAUAAUCCUUUUUUACCCUCCCUCUAACCGGUUUUUAUCACUCUGUCAUUCUAGGAACUCCACAUACUGCAUGAAGGUGUCCAUGUCUCUCAUGGUGGCAGAAAAUGACACCGACCUUUGCUACAACUCCAAAAUGAGAUUCUUCGAGAAGGCAGAGCUAAGCAAAAGUAAAGACAUCACCUGCCCGGACGUUGAGGACUUUAUCCAGCCUGGGGUGGAACCUAAAAUAAUUUGGUAUAAGGAAUGCAAGCCGACGCAGUGGAGACAAACCAUAGAGAGACGAAAGGACGUUCUGUCCAUCAAGGAAGUGAGGGAAGAUGACAUUGGGAAUUACACGUGUGAACUACCUUUUGGGAACUUUGUAGUGAGGAGGACCACAGAGUUAUCAGUCACAGCUCCCCUGACAGACAAGCCGCCAAAAAUCCUGUUUCCCUCAGAGAGCCAAAUGAGCAUCAUAGAGAUGGCACUAGGAAGUCCCAUCAACCUCACAUGCAGCGCGUUCUUCGGCUACAGCGGCGACGCCAGUCCACUCAUCUACUGGAUGAAGGGGGAUAAGUUUAUCGAAGACCUGGACGAGGAACGGGUUCAAGAGAGCGACAUCAAGACGAUCCGGCAGCACCUCGGAGAGCAGGAAGUUUCCAUCUCCCUGACCAUUGAAUCCUUGGAGGAGAGCGAUCUGGGCAACUACUCCUGCUAUGUGGAAAACUGCAACGGGCGGCGGCAAGCGAACGUCCAAAUCGUCAAAAAGGCUGAACUGAUGUACACUGUGGAGCUAGCUGGAGGCCUGGGAGCCAUCCUGCUGCUGCUCAUCUGCCUGGUCACCCUCUACAAGUGCUACCGGAUCGAGCUCAUGCUCUUCUACAGGAACCACUUCGGCAGCGAGGACAUCGACGGAGACAACAAGGACUAUGACGCGUACCUGUCCUACACCAAAGUGGACCCGGACCAGUGGAGCCAGGAGACCCGGGAGGAGGAGCGCUUUGCCCUGGAGAUCCUCCCCGACGUCCUCGAGAAGCAUUAUGGGUAUAAACUCUUCAUUCCAGACAGGGACUUGAUCCCCACAGGAAGUUUCACCAAUGAUCAUUUCCAGGAUGACACAAGACUACUUAGAGCCUACAUCGAGGACGUGGCCCGCUGCGUGGACCAGAGCAAGCGCCUCAUCAUCGUCAUGACGCCCAGCUACGUGGUGCGGAGGGGGUGGAGCAUCUUUGAGCUGGAGACGCGGCUGCGCAACAUGCUGGUGACCGGCGAGAUCAAAGUCAUCCUGAUCGAGUGCGCCGAGCUGCGCGGCAUCAUGAACUACCAGGAAGUGGAGGCCCUCAAACACACCAUCAAAAUGCUGACGGUCAUCAAGUGGCGCGGGCCGUCCAGCAACAAGCUCAACUCCAAGUUCUGGAAGCAGCUGCUCUACGAGAUGCCCUUCAAGCGCAUGGAGCCCCUCAGCAUCUCCCACGAGCAGGUGCUGGACGUGAGCGAGCAGGGCGCCUUCGGCGAGCUCCAGACUGUCUCCGCCAUCUCCAUGGCAGCGGCCACCUCCACUGCCAUGGCGACGGCGCACCCGGACUUGCGCUCGACCUUUCACAACUCGUGCCACACCCAGAUGAGGCAGAAACACUAUUACCGUAGCUACGACUACGACCUGCCGCCCGGCGGCACGCUCCCGCCGCUCUCCUCGCUAGGCAACCAGCACACCUACUGCAACAUCCCCAUGACGCUCAUCAACGGACAGCGGCCGCAGUCCAAGUCGCCACGCCAGCAGAGCAUGGAGGAGGGCCACGCCAACAACGCCAUGCUGCCGCUGCUUCCCAGAGAGACCAGUAUAUCCAGCGUCAUCUGGUGACAGAGCUGGCGCCGGGCGGGGCGGACUGCGGAUGCGGAGGACGUCCGCCGCAGGGACCGGGGGCUAGCCGGAGCUGGACGGACGCUGCUGUCACAUUUGCACCAGGAAACAACAGGUGGGGGUGGGGGGAGGGGACCUUUAGCGGACACACAUAGUGGACAAAACCGGAGUUGGACAAGGUGGCGGCACCAAUUUCUUGUUUUGUUUUAGUCUAAUAAGAGCUUUUAUUAAAACUGAACAUCAAAAGUAAAGAAAAAAAAAAAGACGCAAGCUGAACUUUUUUUUUUUUUUUUUUGUAUGCCUGUAGAAACACUCCCGUAACACAAGCCAACACCUGUCCUAAUUUACCGCGAGAGUGGAGGAAAACAGGGUCCUGUACAUACCGUUUUCUAAUUCUUUGUAGCAACAGUGUUUUUUGGGGACUUCUUUCUUUCUGUUUCUCAUCGGUUUGGGAAAUCUUUUCUUUUCCUUGUUUGUUUUCAGUUUGUACUAAAGUGAAGCGAUGGCCUGUAAGACGUGUUGGUAGAAACUGUUGUUACCUUUAUCCUAAUUUGUUGGCUGGUGUAGUUUCUAACGCUUUCGGUGGGUCUUUAUUUCUCGGGGGGGGGGGGAGGCGGGGGGAUGGCUUCGAGUCACCGCCCUCGGAGAGAGGAGUGAGAUGUUAGGGUCAAGAGUUUGGGCUCAACCAGAAUAUGCAAAAUUUGGAGUCCAGGUGACGGGAUAACGCUGGGUUUUCAACUCCGAUCAUGUCCGAACGCUUUUUUGGGGGGAAACGAAGACUAUGGUGCUAGGCUUCACAUCUCUAUCUCUCACGGCGACGUUUCCUUUUGAAGAGCAACCUUGCUAUUUACCUUAACAGAAGAUUAUAUCACUGAAAAGUAAUUAUGUGUAUUAUUUUAUGAAAAAAGAAAAGUAUAUUUUUGUAACUGAUGGAUAUUUGCUCAGAGAAGUUCUAUGUGUGACGUUUCUGAAGGAAGUGAUUGGGGGAAAACGGAUACGGGGGUGGGGAAAGGAAAACCAACACUGUUCCGGUGUGUGGAAACUGCUUCGCUCACACAAAAUCAAAAGGGUCACUCAUCUACGUCCGACAAACGCGAGCUAGAAGAACCUCCGGAGGGGGGGAGUUUUGACAUUCUGGAUCCACUCACAGCUCGGCGGACUUUUUUUUUCUAUCACGUUUGUCAGUUUCAUUGUCAUUGCAGCAGCUCACCGCCAGUUUAAUGGGGAGGAAGCUGUCGAUGAUGUCAGCGCGGACGAAGGAGAAAGCCAUCGUCACUCCGCCCGGUUUCCACUACAGGACCAAACAAGGCUGUCCAGGGCUAACGCAUUAUCUCAGUCAUCCAUUUCCUCCUAAAUGACAGCCCUGUUAUUUGUUUACCAUGCCCCUCCCCAGGUGAGUCGUGUCCCCGGGGAACGCUCCGUGUUUUUCUACCCGUAAUGAGUCGGGAAAACGUCUACAGUGCCUUGAAAAGAGUUCAUGCCCGCUGAAGUUCCGCGUUUAGGGCGACCGCAAGUUUUCAUAAACGUAUUUUAUUGUGAUGAAAUUGCUAAGUGGAAGUAAAGAUCCGAAAGGUGGGGCCUGGCAUUUGGAUUGGACAGCUUUUGCGCAUCCGCCGAAGAAAAGCGCCCCCCACAGCAUGAUGCUGGCGCCACCGUGCUUCACAACUGGGGCGGUGCGUUCAGGGUGUUGUAUGUUUUUUAGUUUUUUCGAUCACACGGGGCUUCUUCCUAUAAAUCCAUACUACCUUCUGGCGUGAUGCUCCCAGAUGUGCUCCCAGGUGUGCUCAGGGUCGUAGACAUGUGCGUUGUUAGUUUUCUUCCAACUCCGACCGGCUUCCACGUUCCUGCAGGGGAACGCCGUCCCCUCAGCAUGAUGCUGCCGCUCCCAUGUCUUCAUGGAGUAAUGUUCAAGGUUUUUUUUGUUUUUUUCAUGGCCAAAAAGAGCCCCACCUCUACACUUUGGUUGUGUAGGACGUCGUAUGGCCUUUUUUUUUUCCAACAAUGCCAUUUUUCAUGACUCAUAUGGUUCUACUUAACAAAUUAUCCCACCUGAGACGUGGAUGUAGACGUACUCACGAAGCAACCUUUGAAGGGAACUGGUUGUGCUGGAUUUGGAUCACAAACGCACACUUUUCAGAUUUUUCUUUGGAAAAACAACAUUUUUUUUCCACCCGCGUCACAAUUAUGCGCCAGCCAGCGUUCCCGGUGAAUUAAACAUGAGUUUGUGGUUGUCAUGUGGAAAGGAUUCAGAGGUGUGACCCCUUUUCCAAGGCACUUGUAAACACUUUUCAAGACUGAAAAAGAUGUAUAUGACUAAAUAUUGACAUAGAAUUAACCUUUAAAUUGAGAUAUAUUUUAAUUUAAUAAAGCGUUAAAGGAUAUAAGGCGAGUCCUCUUUGAAACCAGUAGCCUAGUUUAUAGCUACGAUAGUGAAGCAACUUUAGACCAAAGCAAGCUAACGGAAACGGAUCUCAUCAACAAGAAGUCAUUACCUUCCCAUCCUGAUGGGUACCAGUCCAGCCGUUCUCACGUCGCCUCAGAUCCGUGACGAUGGCCUGUUUUCUCCAUCCACCUGCGCCACACACCUUUUCAGUUCCUCUGCGAACUAACUUCAGCAGCUCAGACGAUUCAUUUUGUGCCAUGAAUUAUGCAAAGUGAAGAAUUUGUAAGAUCGUGAAUGAAAAAUUGUCCUUUCCCCUCUUCUAAUGUUUUCCUUUUUUUUAUUAUGAUUAUUCUGUUGUGUAAGAUUUGGAAGAAAAAAAAAGGCCUGGGUUGUUUUUUUUGUUUUGUUUUGUUUUGUUUGUUUUCCUGAUAAUUUAUUUAAGUGUGAGAUGGCACAUUUGCAUUUGAGAUUUUUUUAAUCAGAGCCUUUAUUUGACACUGUUCCCUCCGAGGGAAAAAAGCAAACUACUGCUGCGUUCAGGAGCACCGUCUCUGAACAGAGAGCUCAGAUAUGGCAAAAGUGUAAAUAAAACCUGAACAAUAUUAAAAUGAAGACAAUCGAGCCAUAUUCAUGGGACCUGACGGUCGUUAUUCACCUGGCUUCUCAGAGCGGGACCACUAAUCCUCACCGGAGUUCAACUCCCCCCUGUGCUUUGAGAAGCUCUGUGAAUACGAGGACAAUAACACUUUGGUUCAUGAGAAAUACGAACAUUUCUGGCGACGAGGCUUUGAUUGGAAAGGUCAUGAUGAUUACUAUUAAAGAGAAUAUAUAGCACAGAGUUAUUCCAGGCACUUUCAUGACUUCGGAGACGACGUCUCUGUUUUUUUCUGAUUUAUUUUCUAUUCUGUAUCUGCAAUGUUCAUUAAAAGAGAUACUGUUAUUAAUAAUAAAACCACAUUUAUGGUGAA